AUGAAUCUCGAAAAUUCGAAACAAGAAGAAGGAGAGCCUCAACUGAAUUAUCUAGGAGAGUGGAACCAAGACUUGACUAUGUCCAAACCCAAGGGUUUCAAGAGUACUAAAAUCUCUUCAGGAGUGUUCCCCAUUAAGUUUCAGAAGCACCGAGUCAAAAAGUCUAGAAGAGCCAGAGAACAUGAGGCUAAGCCCUCAAAGAAGAUAACACCUUCAGUUCAGGAUCAUACUCACCGUGUGUUUCAGCCAGAAGUUGAGUAUCGCAGACUUGACUGUCCUGGGUCUGACUCAGAUCAAGACAUUGAGUCUGAAGAAAGCUCGGAUGAUGAGAAGGACGAAGAAACAAGAAAGCAAAGGGAAAUCUUUGAAGGAAGGCUCUAUGAUAUGAGUAUCUUGUGGAGACUGACGAAGAUCUACAAAAAGAACGGGAAGCUCAAUAUCUCCAUGGUUGCUGAGAAGCCUAAGGUAGCAAAGACUCUCUUUGAUAUCCUUUCUGAGCAAGGAUCUUACCAUUAUACUGAAAGAUACAAGGGUCACACAGUUUAUCAGUUUCAAGGAGAAUAUAAGGGAAUGGCUGCAGAUUUCAAUAUCUUGUCAGUCUACGGCCAUAUCUAUAAUCAUGGAUUUCAGAAUGAAGCAGAACUCAAGAGUGAAAAGAAUCCAAUGGAAAUAUUUGAAGCCAAGAUUGUGAACAAUCAUCCAGCAAGGAAGAACUUUGCUACAACCAGAAGAAGAGGACCGAACAAAAUGAAGUUCCUUCUUGAGUAUCUUUGCUGCUAUAUGGAUGAAUCAGACAUGAUAGUACUAUGGUUGGACAACGACUUCUCUGGAGAGAACAUCUGUUUUCAGAUUAUCAGAAUGCUUGAGCAAUAUAGAUUCAAAAAGAAUGAUCCACACUCGAAGACAAGAUACAUUCCAGAGAAUAUUAUGAGAGCAAAGUUCUCAUCGCUCUCUAGAAGAGAGAUCUUCCGUACUUUUAACAACUUGAAGACUCAUCCAAAUGAGAGAAAAGCUUAUGCUCAUGACUUGAGGUCUGAAGUAGAUCUGAGACUUGGUAGAUCUUUCACAGUCUUACUGUCUAAUGAGAUCAGAAACUAUCUGAAAAUUGGGAGAGAGUUCAUCACUUCUUAUGGUCCUUGUCAGUUCCCAACCUUCUGGUUCGUUUACCAAAGAUACAGAAGUCUUGAAGAUACACCAGCUGAACCUUAUUGGCUUCCAGUAAUUACAAUUGAAACAGAAGAUGGAGAUGAACUUGACCUGGAGCUUUCUGGCAAAAAGUUCAGUAGCCAAGAAGAAGCAACUGAAUUUCUCACUAAAUUGGCUCCUAUUGAAGAACUGGAAGCUUCCUCCGUAUCAACAAAGACAGAAUACCUUGAGAAGCCCAAGCCUAUGAAUACAGUUGACUUGCUGUCUUCUGCUUGUGAGGAAUUUGGAUUUUCAGCUAGUAAAACCAGAGCACAUGCUCAGAACUUGUACACAAGAGGGUUGAUAAGUUAUCCAAGGACUCACAGUAGAGCUUACGCUUAUGACUAUCAAGAGGAUAAAGUUCUUGAGAUGUUCCAGAAGAAGAAUGAGUUCAAAGAGAUUGCUUCUGAACUGAGAAGCCACAAUAAUAUUGUGAAGCUACAGAGAGGAGCCAAGGAAGAUCAUCCUCCUAUCUCUCCUGUCCAUCUUGUGAGUCAGUAUAGAAAACUGAAGAAAGAUACUGCGAUCUCUAAGCUGUAUCACCAUAUCGUCAGCCACUUCUUUGCAUCUAUGAGCCAAGAUUGCACUCUCCAAACUGUGAAUUCCGAGUUCAGACUUAGCGAAUUAACCUUUGUUGCUAAUUUUAGCAACAUCAUGAUUGGAGGAUAUCUUGAGCAUCUCCCUCUUACUGAGAAACUAAUGAGAAUCCUCAACAUCUCAGAAGCAAGGAUUGAGAGAGGCAACAGCUACAAAGUGAAAGGCUUCAAGAUCCAGAGAAGAUUUCCUGCCACAAAAGAGCUUCUCUCUGAACCAGAGCUAAUUAAGAAGAUGGAAAAGCACAGGAUUGGAACUGAUGGAACCAUUCCUAGUCACAUCAAUAUUGUAAUCAAGAGGGGGUACGUCACUAUUGAGAAGGGCAAAGAUGGAGUCAGAAGAUUCAAGCCUACUAAGAAAGGAAUUGCUCUUGCAGAAGGCUUCAAAGAGCUUGAUAAAGACCUAUUCGAACCCACAGUCAGGAGAUACAUUGAAUACCAGUGGAAGAAAGUUGCUAAAGGAAGAACAGCUUUUGCAAGUGCCAGAGAAGAUGCACUUGCGAUGUUUAAAACUAAAUUGGAGAAAUUCAUUGGCUCCAUUGAAGUCCUUCAAAAGAAGAUGGAUCUUUAUAAAGAAGAUAUCGUUCAAGAAUGCGAAGAACUUGUUGAGAAACAGCAAGAGGCUAGACAAGGAAUUCAAGCAUCCCAGAGAUUGGUUGGCAGAGGCCUUUCUUUUGGACACAAUGGAAGUAAUGAUGAGAGUAAUUAUCUGAGAGAUAUGUUCAACCCCAGUCAAGAAGUAGAAGGAAAGACAAGCGAAGUCUCUUCAAAAGUUCUUCAUAAGCUAACUCCUAAUCUUAGAAGAGGCUAUGAGUACUUGUUAUACGAAGAAGAGAUUCAAAUUUAGUCGAGUCCGAGCAGAUGAUUGAUAAUUGAUUAAAUUUCAGUUUGAAUUGAG